AUGCAAAUAGCCGCGGAGAUGCCACUGUUAGGAGGCGACCUGAUCCGAGAUUCCGCUUAUGCAAAGCAGCUUUGGCAUGACCUGCAGAUUGAGUCUGGAGAUGGGUCCCAUUCUCAGUUUUUGAUGGUUCCCCAAUUCGAAAAAGUCACACCUUCGGCUGGACUGAUAUCCGAAUUUCCGCACCAUCAUCUACACAAGGAUCUGGCCAAUCCCAUUCCCACAGGUGACAUUGGAUUUGAUACUUGCAAGUACCAAUACAGCAAGUCGGCAGCUUUCAGCGUGACACUGGCCAACACUGAGGAUCCAUCAAAGAAGUAUCUAUUCCAAUUACUUUGCUACUUCCGGAAUUCCAUUAGCUGUGAAUCUCAAAGGAUUAGCAGUUCAAAUCAGUUGUCAGCCGAAUCAUCAACCCGUCAGCUUGUUGAAGUCCAAAGACAUCUAACUCGGAACUUCCAUAAGCAUUUGGCUUACAACAAGAUUCCUUCGAUUGGGAACAUGGAGCACUACUUUCUCUCACAGUGUUUGCCAGGUAAUCUUGUGGAACUCCAGGUCCCAAAGCUUCACUUUGGAUCCAUCGUUGAGGGUCGUCAUCUGAUGAGCGUGCUGAAAGUUCACCCAUGCAUUUCUCCUUACAUUCAACUUUCCCCGGUCAUUGAUUGCUUGCGAAAAUGUGCCAAGGGACCAUUCAACAAGAUGGAUCUAAUGGUAGAGCUGUGCUUGGAAGCCACCCGCAGAAGAAAGGAGAGGGUGGCUAGAUUGGCCUUUCAUUUGCAGGUUAUGUUGGAGACUGAAACCCAGGAGGGAAUGAUUCAAAUCAUGGAGGCUCAAGGGGUCAUAUUGUCCACCAUUCACCCAAUGUUGAGGUACUCUGGUGUUGAUGAGGUCUUUGGCAAAGAUCUGCAAGUGGUCAAAGGCGAGGCAGAAGAUAGAACCUGUGUCUUGGUUGGUAUCUUGAUUGAGCACUGUGGCAACGGUGCGGUGCUAUGA